UUCUUUUCGUGCGCUUCUGCCGACCCAACAUACCCAACGUGUAGCGGACGAAUGUAAACGAGUGAACGGACAAAAUAACAUUGCCCCAAGUUAAACUACGAAACGACGACAAUUAAAAGAAUCGGUACUCCAGCUGACUGCUGGAACGUUUGUGGGGUAGAAAACAAAAACAAGUGGUAAAUGAAUGCUCACCGCAAAGUGGGCAACAUUGGAUGGUGUACCGUGGCAAUUGUUGAUGUUGGUCGGUUAUAAAUAAAUAGAAGAUAUUUAUUGUUGCAAGCAGCAUACAUGUCCCACACCUCCCGCGGAAUGUUCAUAGAACCAAUGCAAAAUAGCCUCACACACACACACGCUGCUCUCAGUCAAACGGCUCAGUUGCCUGUCGCAAGCACUUGAAGGCUCGCGCGCGAAUAAUUGUUUGUUCUGCUUUCAAUUUUCUCAAGAGUCAAGAGUGUGUUUAUUCCGUCAUUCAGUUUCUCGCUUACGUUGGCAUCUUCGCACUGUCACCGACUUGCAGUUCAACGGUGCGGAUGAAUGACAAACGUUUGGACCAGCCUGUCUGGUUGAGUGUUCCAACAAUGAUUGGCGGUGUUUUGUAAACGCGAUGCAUCAGUUCAGAUCCGGGCAAUUAAGAAAGUGUUGAAGUGAAAGUGAAAAAAAAAAUUGAUUGCAAUUUAUCGGCGUAUGGAAAACUUUGGUUACGCAUCUGUUGUGAUUUCCGUUUCCGUUUCGAUUUGCUGUCGAGCUGCUGCUUGCCAUCAAAUUCAUAAUCGAAUGUAUUAAUAUUGAAAAAAAACAAACACACACACACCACAAAGUCGUGUUUUAAAUGAGAAUUCAAUUUAUUGGAAAUUGUGGUGAUAUAAUUGAAUUGAAUUCAUCCGAAUGUGAAUAUUGCUAUGAAGAAUUUGAAGAAGAGCAAAAUAUUCAUUUUGAAAAAAUAUUAAAAAUAUAUAAAUUAUUAUAAUUCUUGUGUUGUACCACAAAAAAGAAAGAAUAUUUUGAAAUCUCGUCAGAAAAAGCGACAUCGAAAAAAAACCAAACAUACGAAAGCAAAUAAAAAAACAGCAACAACAACAGCCGAAAAGAUGCUAAAUUCUAUUUUUAAAUAAAAAAAAAAAAACGAAAAAAGAAUACAAAACACAACAAAAAAGAAUAAAAAAAUAAAUAAUAUUGUGAAAGAAACAAACAAACCAAUCUCAGAAGAAAGAAAUAUUUAUCAACAACAAAUGUGACACUUUCACAUAAGUCCAUGUGUAAGAGUGAGUGAAUGAGUGAGUGCAUAGGUGUGUGAGUGUGCCUGCCGUUCUCUAUUCACAUGCCGACACAUUUAAUAAUAAAUACAAAUUAAAUAGAAAAGAAGAAGAAUCGAUUUUUAUGCUGAUGAUAGGCCUGUGAUAGUGCCGUGGAAGGCGGGAAGUCUUCUUCUCUCUUGAUGAAGAGUGGCACGGCACAACGUGUCGCGUGUGAAUAACAUAUGUAUGUAAAUACAUGUGUACUUGUGUUUGAUUCAUUCCCUACAAACCUUCAACUAAAGGUGAACAUAACAGAAACCCCUGCAAAGUGUAUUUUGUUUGUUUGUUUGAAGAAUAAAUAAUAGUCUCACAUCCCUAUAUACGCAUCUAGGAAUCUCUGUAUAUACCCAGCAGCAGGAGCAACAACAAUAAACGAAGAACUACAACGUCAACAGCUUCGAGAACGAAACAACAACAUCAGCAACAUUGGCUAUUGAAUAGCAUACCGUCAUUGAUGGCAACAACGUGAACAACAACAACAACAUCACUACAUUUUCAAAACUAAUGAAAUUUGUUUGGAAAUUCUUGACAAGCCACGCUGAGGAAAAGGAAAAUCUAAAGGCUUGACGGGCGGUUCAAGUGCCACGGAUGACAGGCAUGAGAACAUCUGGAGGGGUACUAGAGCACAGGCCACAUGAAUAUCUAUGAGUAUUUCUGCAAAGAUUUGACAAAACGGAACAAAGACCGAAGGUGAAUGAUUGGACCGCACAUUGACUCAUAUGUUCGAACAGAAAAGUUCACAAUUGGAAAUUGUAAUUCGCCCAGAAAAUUUGCCGCCACCCCUUUUGUAUUAACACUCUCCCCAAAGAUUUUUAUGCGAACGGCAGAGAGCAAAUAAACAGACAAGCCACACAAUUGAACGAAGGAAUGCAAAGAGGACUUCUAAAUAAGCAUAACGUCUGACUCUGAAUAUACAUGUGUUUGUGCGUGUGUUUGCAUUUUGUUUUGUAUGCGUUGGUGUUGGUUGGCAUUUGUUGCAAGGAUACGAAGAAAGGACUGCACAUUGCCGGAAAACUGAGACGACUGUGCCAAGGCAAUGACUAAGGCAACGGAGACAAAUACAAUUGCAGAUAAAUAUAACGACCGAGACCUACAUGAAUUUGCUCUUUGACAAAUUCUAAUUCACUGGCAGUUGCCCAAACACCCACGCACACACCCUCAUACAUCGCUAACGCAGUGUUAAUCCUAGUAGCAGGACACUCUAUAGAGCAGAUGACAGAUUGGGAUAAAAUAUGUUGGCAUUUUAGCACACAACUUUUGCAAUAGAUGUUAAAGUUCAACUUGUCUCCAAUUUGAGGAUAUCAAGAGAUGCCAACAACUCCUUUGCAUAUUCAUGCGGCUCAAUUUCAUUAGAACCAAACAAUAGAGUUUUUAAAUUAUCUGAAUUGCAUUGCAGUCGGGAAGGGGAGAAAGACAACAAGACUGUGAUAUUUAAGCCAUAAACAGCUCAGUAAGCGUCCUAGUAAACCAUUUGAAUUAUCUCUUUCCAUUAGCUGAAGACUAGUCGAGCAAACUCCAAUUGUCGGGAUCCAGACAAAAGCAUCAGAACUCAGCACAUAACGGGCUAAGGACUUAAGAGGAAUAAGGAAAAUUUAUCCAUUUCAAUUCUUCUGACAGUAAUUGUGGAGGCACCAACACCACCAUCGGAGGAAAUAUCCAAUUGGAAUUUUGCAGCUCGUUGGACACGUGUAAAUGUUGAACUUUAACCCAGGUCUUAGCAACUGAAAGUGUGCUUAAUAUCAGAAGUUUUGCACUUAAAUCGCAUGGACAUGAACAACAUUUGCAUGCUGAGCUUGAAACAACAUUGAAAGGGAGCCAAAGAGAAACGCUUGUAAAUAAAACUCGCAAACUUAUAUUAAUAACGCGACACCCGCAGAUAAGCUGAUGAACGAAAAAUAACAACGGCAACAAUAUUGUGAUACAGAAACUUAUGGAGGGAAGCGAAUAGCUUAAGUUAGCUCUACUGCAAACGAAAUUAUUUACAACUACAACUAACUUAAGAUAGGAAAAAAGACACUAAUUUAAGUAACGAGAUCCGCAAAGAGUUCCUGUCCCCUGCCCCCUGUCAAACACCCCAUGUUCCAGAGACGUCACGCAUUCUAUUGCAGACGAGAAUCUUGUGCUAUUCCAUCUCCUGGCUGUUACGUUGAAAAUUUAAACCCAUGUUUGACCCCAAUAUAACGGAUAGCGUUUAUCCGUUCCAGGCGCAUACACCGGACACCUACUUAUCGCAAACGCCGCUACCUUUGCUGCAACGGCAACAAGUGUUACCGCCGCCCAAACCCGAAACAGAUUACAUUGGCGAGUUCGAUUCGGCGCCCAUUGAUCCGAAUGACUUUAUCGAGAGCGUUAGUGACGUCAACCAUGGCAGCGACCACUUCAAUCACUACACCACCGUGUCGGAUACGGGCUACGGUGGCAACAGCAGUAUAUUUGCAACGGCCGCCGAGAACUUCACUCAACACAGCCUGUAUGGCGGCAUCAAUUAUACCAACUCAGAUCACCAGCAAUAUCCCUGUCAGAAGCUCUACAACCCCGAGGACCAUGAAACUCUCGUGGAGUUCUGGGUUUGUGGAGUCUGUCUGAAUAUUGUCGGUAUUCUGGGCAUAAUCGGCAACGUGAUCUCCAUGAUUAUAUUGUCCCGUCCUCAAAUGCGUUCUAGCAUCAACUAUCUGCUCAUUGGCCUGGCCUGCUGUGAUACCGUCUUGAUUAUAACGUCGAUGCUGCUCUUCGGCAUACCGUCCAUAUAUCCCUACACGGGCAACUUCUUCCUGUACUACAACUACAUCUUCCCGUACAUAUCGCCGGUGGUGUUUCCCAUAGGCAUGAUUUCGCAGACGGCCAGCAUAUACAUGACGUUUACGGUAACGCUGGAGCGGUACGUGGCCGUGUGCCACCCGCUGAAGGCGCGCGCCUUGUGUACCUAUGGCAGAGCGAAGAUUUACUUCAUUGUCUGUGUGCUCUUUGCGACGCUCUACAACUUGCCGCGCUUCUGGGAAGUGGUUACGGCGAGCACCAAAUACGAUGAUAUUCCCGACGUUUUGUACUGUGUUCGGCCCUCGCCCCUGCGAGCCAACCAGAUGUACAUCAAUCUGUAUAUAAACUGGUGUUACCUGAUUGUAAAUUACAUAAUACCCUUCCUGACGCUGGCCAUCCUGAAUUGCCUCAUUUAUCGGCAGGUGAAACGGGCGAAUCGAGAACGCCAACGACUGUCACGCUCCGAGAAACGGGAGAUCGGUUUGGCGACCAUGUUGCUGUGUGUGGUGGUAGUGUUCUUCGCCUUCAAUUUCCUUGCCCUGGUGGUGAACAUAUCGGAGGCCUUCUACAACUUCAUCGACAACUCACUGACCAAGACGAGCAAUCUGCUUGUGACCAUCAACAGCAGCUGCAACUUCCUGAUCUACGUGAUUUUUGGCGAGAAGUUCAAGCGGAUUUUCCUGCUGAUUUUUUUCAAGCGCCGCCUCAGCCGCGACCAGCCCGAUCUUAUACACUACGAAAGUUCAAUAUCGAACAAUGGUGAUGGCACUUACAACCAUCGGUCUUCGGGGCGCUUCUCUCGUCACGGUACUCAGCGCAGUACCACCACCACCUAUCUGGUAACGACAUCGGGCAACAGUACACUCAACAAUGGUCGCAUCAUGAAAAGUGCCAGUUCACCGGGCGUUGUGAAAAUCAAGCGGGGUCGGGCACCAUCACCCGGACCCGUGGUCUACUAUCCGGCCCGCGAAGUGCAGCGAACCUCGCCGAUAAUUAUGUCGAACAACAAUUCGCCCUUAGGUUGUGAUUGGAUGGAAACCAAAAAUGCCCAGAUGACGUCAGGAUUCUGAGUUUCUCCAUGCACGAUGUUCAGUCUCGCAGAUAUUUACAACUACGAGUGCCUAGAUUUACACGACAUGAACUGUAAACACUACAUCUGAACGGGGAGCCAGACGACACUUCCUACCUACCUACCUACCUACAAGUAGCUACAAAAUACACACACGCACACACUUUUGAUGUGUGCUCUAGCAGAUAUCGACAUGUUUAUUUUGUCUAAAGUUAUGAAUAUUUACAGAAUAGCUUUAAUGAAUAUCAUAGAUAUAGUCCAAAAAACAUAAAUAUAUAGUUCCAAACUCAAAAGAAUUUUCUUAGAUCUACGGAGUUGAAAAAUCGCAAAAAAAUUGAACAGAAAUAAUUGAUUGUCUCUGCUGUAAAUAAUGUAAAGUAUUUUGAAAUGUUGUGUUUUGAAUUGUUCAGUAAAGUAUAAUUUAAUUUUAUUGUUAAGAUAAUUAUAAUUCAAUUUUGUAGAAUAAUGAAUAAUUCAAAGAAAGAUAAACUAGACUGAAUACCUCUGUCUUUUGCUUAGUUUGCUAAAAAAAAACGAGUAGCUUACCAGAUGCCAAUUAAGAGAUAUUUAAUUUGAAAACUAAGGGUUUGUAAAAUAAACUUUUGAAAAUCAACCAAAGUGGGUAUAAGAUGUUAUAUAGUGAAUAAAUUGAUUGCUGAAGAAACUUUGGGCUUUUAUUCUAUUUUUUUCAAUAUUUAUUUUUUUUUAUAAUGAAUCGAAAUGAAAUUUCAGCGAUAGAAACAUUGUCAUAAUUUAAAGUAAAACUUUUUUCCCGUUCGCUCUUCUAUUUAUUUGGGAAUCUGAUAGAAUUUCAUUUCCGCUAAGGUACUUGGAUGUCGUAUCUGAUGUUACGCCUGGGGAUUCCCUGACUUUUGUUACGAAUUUUCUGUUUGUUUAUACCCUCCACCAAAAAAGGUAUGGAGGGUAUAAUAAGUUCGUCAUUCCGUUUGUAACUCAUCGAAAUAAUCAUUUUAGACCCAACAAAGUAUAUAUAUUCUUGAUCAGCGUAAAAUUCUAAGACGAUUUAGCCCUGCCCGUCCGUCUGUCCGUCUGUUGUAAUCACGAUACAGUCUAAACGAAUUAAGAUAGGAAGCUAAAAUUUUGCACAGAUCUCUCUUUUGUCUGCAGGCAGGUCAAGUUCGAAGAUGGGCUAUAUCGGCCCACGAUAUCGUAUAGCCCCCAUAUAACGGUACCCCCGAUAUUCGGUAUUUUGAUUAUGUUAGCCACAUUUUUCAAUGGAAUUGUCUGAAAAUCCAUACA